GUCUACCUUUUAAACAGUUCAUUUCAUCUCACAUGGGUAGCCUACGUGAUGAACGGCCCAGAUAUUGUGCAUGUGACGUGGAAAUUGCAAGUAGCAUUUGAUUCCUCCGUUUUAUAUACUCUCGUCUUCCUCGGAAGUCAAUCUUUAAUGGCGCCCAUACACCGAAAUUCUUAAAUACGCUCACCUCUCUCUGUUUUAAUAAGAUCUCGGCCUUCUGAAAUUCCAUUACUGCCUUCAGAAUUUAAAUUCAAAAGUCGUAGAUCUCUGCAGGCAUCAUGAAAUUCGAAGAUUUCCUGAUGCAGCGAGGCGAUGAUCAGCAGAAGAGGCUCGAUCUCGAGGAUGAGGUAGUUAAAUUACAAGGAGAACUAGAUGAAGAGCUGAGAUUGAAUGGAGUCUUGCGAUGUGCAUUGCACAGGCCUGCUUACCAUCGUCCAUUUCUUUCGCCCCUGCUUCCGCUUCAGGCGCAGGUAUUGCUGGCUGAAGUAGCAAUGGUGGAGGAAGAGAUCGACUGCCUUGAAAGAAAAAUCCAAGAGCUGAAGCUGCAUUUAUAUCAAGAGAAGCAGCAUAACAACGAAUGGAAAUUACAGCAACACCAACAGAAGAAGCAUUUCCUGUUCGGAUUAGGAAGCCAUAAAGAGAUUGGAGAUGUGGAACAAUCUCCGCCGUCCGAUUUGGAUUUCAGGAGCCAGAGGCCGAUCAGAGAGAAAAAAGCUUCGGAGGAGUCUGCUUCCGAAAUCAGACCCACGUCUUGUGCAAGGUUCAAUGAUGGCUGUGUUGGAACAGAUGAAGAAGCUGAAAUGGACAGUGAGAAGCCCAACAAGCUCGCAGAAGAUCUAAUCAAGUGCUUGAUCAGUAUCUUUCUCAAAUUGAACCGUACACCGUCAGUGCAGCCCACUGCUGAUGAACCGUCAUCCGCAGCCAUUCCUAAGCUCGCACUCUCUUGCAUGAGCUCAAGAGGGUUCAUGUCCAAGACCACAUUCAACUGCAAGACGCCCAUGUCAGAUGAUCAUAGAUCGACGCUUGAUCCUUACGGUGUAUUGAGUGAUCAAGAUGGCCCACUUGGAGAUGUGGGCCCCUAUAAGAACUUCAUCCAUUUCACUAAAAGCUCUCUGGAUAUGAGCCGUGUGUCUGAGUGCUUGCCGGCCGUUAGAAAACUGAGGGUUUUAAUGGAUAGACUUUGUUCUGUGGACUUGAGCCUACUGACAUACAAGCAGAAGCUAGCAUUCUGGAUCAACGCCUACAAUGCCUGCAUAAUGAAUGCAUUUCUCCAACAUGGGCUCCCAUCCACACCUGACAAAUUGCUUGCAUUGAUGAACAAGGCCGUGUUGAAUGUAGGAGGUAUAGUGCUGAAUGCGCUGGCCAUUGAACAUUUCAUUCUCAGGCAUCCUUGCGAGCUCAAAUAUGGGGCCAUGGAUGAGAAAGAAGCACUACUGCGGCGCGCCUACGGUCUGGGAUAUCCUGAACCCAAUAUCACGUUUGCUCUUUGUCGAGGCAGUUGGACGUCACCGGCGUUAAGGGUCUAUACUGCGGAGGAUGUGGUGAGCGAGCUGGAGAAAGCCAAAGUGGAGUAUCUAGAAGCUUCGGUGGCAGUUUCACGCAAGAAGAAGAUAUUGGUUCCAAAGCUCUUGCACUGGCACAUGCGUGACUUCGUCGAUGACGUUGAAACGCUGCUGGAGUGGAUCUACAGCCAAUUGCCGAGAUCUGGACCGCUCAAAAGAUCGAUGAUGGAGUGUUUGUAUGGAGACACUAAGUUGCCGAUCGCGAGAAUGGUCCAAAUUCAGCCUUAUGAAUCCGAGUUCCGGUACCUGCUGCCGCCGUAAAAAAGAUUUUCAAAGUUUGUGAGAUGCGGCACGUGUGGAUUAGAUCCGAACCGUUCGUUGGUGGGACCAUGAGCGGCCAAAGAAGACCAUCUUUCUAUUUUCCGAAGAUGGUGAAAUGGAAACCUGAAAUGCAUGUUGUGCCUUCUACGGACGGUAGAAGAUUGGUGUAUGACAAACUUUGUGUGGAUUAGAUUUUAGCACGUGGGAAGUUUGGUUGCUACCACUUGGGAAGAACGUUCAUGAGAUCCACGCCGUCCAUCAAGUAGGUAGUUCAUCAUUUCAACACCACAAAUUUGGUUGGGUAGAAGAACUGGAAUUGGACGCUCAUCAUUGGUUGUGUAUGAGGCCCACCUUAGUUUAAAUAUGACAUCCAAUCUAUCUGGAUGAAUCUUGUCACCAAGAUGAGGGUACUCUCCAAAAAUCAUCUAUUAUGAAAAUCAAGUGGACCCACGUCCAUGUGAAUUUAGAGGCUUUAGGCAGAUUUUAGACUAUCUCCAAUGGUGGGCCCAUCUAAGUUUUGGAUCAAUGUCAUGAUGUUCGGGAUAAAGCUUACAUGAGACGGUUCACCUGAUA